CGCGACUCGCGGCCGCCCGGCCCCGCCCCGCCGCCGCUGUCGCCGACGAGCGCGCCGAGCCGGGCCGGCAUCCCCGACGGGACGCCCGCACCGCCGCCACUAUGGAGCCGGCCCCCAGCAGCAUCCAGGUGCUCCUGCAGGCGGCUGAGUUCCUGGAGCGCCGAGAGGGCCGGGCGGCCGCUGCCGCCGGUACCGGUGUCGCCCGCCCCCCGUCGUGCCUUGCCGAGGCCGAGCACGGCUACGCCUCGCUGUGCCCCGCGCGGCGCCCGCCGCGGCCCCGCAAGGCCGUGGGCAGCUUCAGGUCGGUGCACAACGCGCUGGAGAAGCACAGGAGAGCCCAGCUCCGGCGCUGCCUGGAGCAGCUGAAGCAGCAGGUGCCGGUGGGCACGGAGCGUGCCCGCUCCACCACGCUGAGCCUCCUGCACCAUGCACGGCUCCACAUCCAGAGGCUGGAGGAGCAGGAGCUGAGAGCUCGGAGGGUGAAGGACCGGCUGCGCUGUGAACAACAGAGCCUGCAACAGAGGCUGGAGCAACUGCUCUCGCCCCCCAGCAGUGAGCGCACGAGGGUGGACAGCCUGGGCUCAUCCCAGCUCUCGGAGCACUCUGGCUCCGAUGGAGAGGAGGUCGAGAUCGAUGUGGAUGGAGCCGUGUUCGGCGGGGACCUACUGGCCAGCUUCAGCACCGGGAGGGACCACAGCUACUCCAGCCCCCGUGGGCCCUGGUCCUGACAGCGCCUGGCGCUAGCUCAGCCCUGUGGUUCCCCGGCGUUGUUGCAGAAGUGCUGUGGAACUGCCUCCGCCUGCUCCGCCUCCCCACCCAGCGCACAGCCUGCCUCUGCCGGAAACGCCGCCUCGCUGCAGCUGCCUGGAGAAGGGGCUGAGGAUGGGGACGGGCACCUGGCUCUGCCUCCCGCAGCUGGGCCUCUGAGCUGAACCGGCCACAGUGCCGGGCGCACAGGGCCGGGAUCCCUCUGCAUGCAGCGACGCACUUCAAAGGCAGGGUGGGGGGGUGGCACAGGCCCUGGAAGACAGCCUGGCUGUAACUGGGACACCCUGCCUCUGUCCAUCUGCUCCCAGGCAGGCCAGGGCCCAGAGCUGGCUGCAGUGGGUGCCAGACAGCCCUGCCGCCCCUCGAGAGCCAGGCGAAGGUAAAGAGCGCAUUAAGCACCUUGCCUCCGUGCUCCCAGAACUGCCUCACCCCGGCGACCUUGUACAUACCCAACACUAUUCUAGUAAAUGCACUUAGCUAAAUCUGUGUCUGCGCCUUGCCUGCGUGCCCAGCGCUCCGGUAUCGUGGCAGCUGUACUGGACUCAGUGCCUGCAUUCCCCAAAGCAGAGGGUAGCACAGGGCUCUGUUCCAAAUAGGCCAGCCCUAGGCAAAGUCAGAGGUGGAAGUAGAUUCUUUAAUGAUAAUUACAUCUUAGAAAGGAUCUAACAGCAGCUGAUUGUCAGACUUGUACAGUUUGUUUAAAAAUAUAAAAUCUAAGAGGCUCCUA